GAAAGAAAAUCUCUCCAGCCAUGCAAGGAAAAAGAAGAAGAAUAAGAAGCAGAGAGAGAGCUUUGUCGGUCUCUCCUGUCGACCUCUUCGUCUCCCUCUCGAGUUCAACCUCCCUCUCUUUCUCGGAUCGGCAUCAACUCGUUUCUCUACAUGGUAAAUGGUACAAUCACUUGUGUCGCAAGCUUCUAAAAGUUGCAACAAUUACUGGGGAACAUGAAGAGGUCUUCAAAGUAGCUGAUAAAUAUGUAAAUUUAUAUCAUGAUCAAGUGAUAGAAUGUAUGAAAAGAAUCAAAGAACUUCCAUUAAUGUCUGAUGUUGUUAAAGAAAGUGAAGAUGAUGAACCUACAUGCCAUUUGCUGACCAAAAGUUUAGAUACCGAACAUGCACACUCUGAACCUACAGAAAGUUUACAUACUGAAGGUGCACCUUCCAAUCCGACCGCAAGUGUACAUACUGAAAGCACACGCCUUGAGCCAAUUGAAAUUGUAAACACUGAAAGCGUAUGCCCAGGGCUAACCGAAAAACAAGUUACUUUUGUUGAUAGUAUGGGUACACAAAUUGUAAGAGGGAUUAAAGUAAAGCCCAAAGUUUAAAGCAAACAUCGUAUGUUUAAAAAUCCACUAGAUC